UCUUAAAGAUUUAGGAAGAACCCCAUUUAUUAAUUGCAAAUAUUCAUCAUGCAUGAUUUCAAAUAAUAAGACCCUUUUAUCGAAUGCUAAUGUUCUUUUAUUUCAUUUCAGGGAGACAAAAUUUAAAGAAUUGCCAGUAUAUCAUUCAGAUGACCAAAUAUGGAUAUUUUAUUUGACAGAAUCUCCUAUUCACACUUGCUCUAAUAUUUGGGAGUAUUCCUGCCCACUAGACAAAUAUGAUUACCUCUUCAAUUGGACCGCUACUUAUCUACCCCAAUCCGAUAUCCUCAUACAGGACAGUAGUUUCCACAGAAUCAAAUCUAAAUAUUUCCAGAAUAUCACGUCGUCAUAUUCUUUAAUGAAUACCAUGCCACCUAUCAAUAGUUAUCAAAAAGAAUAUUCGAAAGGCAAAAAGGGUCUGGCUGUAACCGUUAUGAGCAAUUGCUUCACAAAUAACCUACGAAUUAAAUAUAUCAGUGAUAUACGAAAUCACGUCUCUUCAAUCCAACAUAACAUAAAAUAUGCAAAUUCCCGUAGCUUAGAUAUACAUGGUGCAUGUUCUUUAUUUUUCUCCGCUCGUCCUCGCCUCUGUCUAACUCCUGAGGAUGUUGGAAAUAGUACCCAUCAACAACCAGAUUGUUUGAUACGCUUCAUUUCUCGUUACAAAUUUUAUUUGGCCUUCGAGAACAGCAAUUGCGCGCAUUACGUGACGGAAAAAAUGUAUCGAGCGCUUUUAGCUGGGGUGGUACCCGUAGUGUUUGGAGCGCGGUACUCAGAUUAUGCAAGAGUGGCUCCACCUUUUUCUUUUAUUUAUGUGGCUUCACCACUGGGGAAGAAAUGGGACCGAAUUAUGGGGAAAGAAUUUCAAAAUGACACUUCUACUCGAAAUCGUAAUCAACAGGUGCCAAAAAAUCACCCUUAUUUUCAUACCAAUAAUUUAAAAGAGCUAGCCAGAUACCUUUUGGUACUAGAUUCAAACGACACACUUUACAAUAAGUAUCACUCUUGGAGGAAAUAUUACGCGAUGGGACCCGACCCUGCCAAAGAUAAUAAUUAUUUAUGCCAAAUAUGUCGACAUUUGCAUCUCAAUGAUAUUCCUAAUAAAUCUUACAAAUUAUCGGACUGGUGGAAUAAAAAAAGGGAUUGUCAGCCAUAUACCUAAUUUUUUAAUGAUUGAAUCUCAAAUAUAAUUUUUCGCCACCUACAUCAAUUUCCAUAUAGAAAUAAUCAAUGAGC